AGCACUUGACUCACCAGUUGACAAAAAACACCAGAGCAGAGCGAGGUGCAGAGGAAGAGGAAGAAGACGACGACGAAUCUCCAUAACCAAAAAGCCCAGUUGCACUUCAACGCACUGUGUUUCACUCGUCCCUUUCUAUCAUAUUUCCUUCUCUCUACAUCCACUUUGCUGUUAUAUAUAUAUAUAUAUACAUGUAUUGAUACGGCCGACGUUCAUUUUCCCGUCAAAUCCGACGUAAUGCCGCCGCCGCCACCGCGCCGCCCGCACGUGCCCAUCGUCCCGGCGGUCAUCGCUGCGGCGAUGUGUUUAGCCUUCUUAUGCCUGUUUAUAAUUUUGUACCGCAAAAUCACGCGUAAGAGAACCGUUCCUACGGAUCUAAUGAAGCCCCCAUUUCCGCCGCAGAGAUUCUCCUACUCCGCUCUAAAUCGCGCGACCGCUUCAUUUUCCGCCGCGAACCGCCUCGGCCAGGGCGGCUUCGGCUCGGUUUACAAAGGCGUCCUUCCUUCCGGGCAGGAGAUUGCGGUAAAGCUCAUGAGCGACGUUUCGAUUCAAGGCGAGCGCGAGUUUCAGAACGAGCUGUCACUUGCUUCAGGUAUCGAUACCGUUUGUUGUCCGUACAUCGUCUGUGUGCUCGGUUUCUCUACCUCAGAUGGCAGAAAAGGAUACGGAUUCCGUUAUUGUGGCCGUCAGAAGAAGUGGGGAAGGAGACGGUUGGCACUCGUUUAUGAGUUCAUGCCGAACGGGAGCUUGCAGGAUGCUCUGCUAGAUCGGAAAUGUGAGCAAUUGAUGCAAUGGGAUAAGAGGUUUGCAAUAAUCACGUCUGUUGCAAAAGGCCUCGAUUAUCUGCACAGCUGUUGCGAUCCUCCAGUCAUUCAUGGAGAUAUCAAGCCUUCCAAUAUAUUGCUGGAUUGCAAUUUUGAUGCUAAGAUUGCCGAUUUUGGGUUGGCUCAGGUGUUGACCAGAGGGGAAGAGACUGUGGCGGACAUAUUCAUGGAGGAGGAGGAAGAGGACGAGGACGAGGAGAAGACUGAGAAGAAAGGAGGCGUUGGGGAGACUGAAGGUGUGGUGAUGGAGGACGCUGUAGUGGUGAAUGUGGAGCUUUCGCCGCCAGAGAGUUACUGUGUGAGGAUUCUUGAUGAGGAGGAAGGUUUAGGUGUGGUGGGGGAGGGGAGUGCAUCGGAAGGAAUUACUGAUCGAAUAAGUAUGGAUAGUGGAAGUAGGAAUGUAGUUCUCGAAAGGGGGAAAGGUGAAUCCGAUUGGUGGUGGAAGCAAGAAAACAUGAAUGGCUUAUCGGAUUCGAAGAGAGAAGUAAAGGAUUAUGUGAAGGAAUGGAUUGGGAGUGAGAUUAGCAAGGAAAGGCCUAAGAAGGAGGAUUUGAUCAAGUCUAAGAGCUCAGUCGAAGAAGGUAUGGAAGUGGAGCAAACAAAGCCGGGGAAAAGGUUGGAGUGGUGGCCUUCGUUAGACAGGGAGGCGCUGAGGAAGGAGAAGAAGGACAGGAAGCCGAGGGAAUGGUGGAAGGAGGAGUUCUGCGACGAACUAGCCAAGAAAAGUAGAAACAAGAAAAGGGAACUUCUUAAAAUGGAUUGUGAAGGAGAAUUGUGGUGGCAGAGGGACGAAGCCGGCAAUGGGUUGCCGGAGAGGAAGAGGAGGAGAAGCAGGGGAAGCCGUAGCAGCAUUGACCGGUGGCUGGAUGGUUUUAGCGGCGAGUUUCGUUUAGGAAAAAGAAACAGCCAAGAUUUCGCUAGUGGCGAAAUCCCCAAGAGCGGGGGCAUUAGUAGCACGCCUAGUAUGAGAGGAACCGUUUGCUACAUUGCACCUGAAUGCAGUGCCGGUUCUCCAGUAUCUGACAAGUGCGAUGUUUAUAGCUUCGGCGUACUGUUAUUAGUCAUGGUUUCUGGUCGAAGGCCAUUGCAAGUGAUGGCGUCGCCAAUGUCUGAAUUCGAAAGGGCUAAUUUGAUAUCGUGGACUCGGCAGCUGGCCUUGAAUGGUCGUCUCGUGGAUCUUGUCGAUCCAAAUAUUCAGUCAUUGGAUCGGGAGCAGGCAGUGCUAUGCAUUACUAUUGCCCUUCUCUGUCUCCAAAGAUCGCCGAACAAACGCCCCACCAUGAAAGAGGCUGUGGAGAUGCUCUCCGGAAAUUCGGAGCCACCCCAUCUGCCGUUUGAAUUCUCGCCAUCACCACCGUCCAAUUUUCCCUUCAAGUUGAAGAAAAAGUUCAGCAGCAGCCAUUACAGAUGACAAUCAUUAAUGGAAGAAGCAGCCUGCAAGUUACUGAACCAUGUGUGCAACCCUGAUGGUUAUCCUACCCGCCAACCCGGAUCCGGCCUUCGCCUGCUAGAAUUUAUCCUGGCUUGGUGGUGAGAGGGUUCGCGGCGUAAGGGAUUGGCGGAGGUGCAUGAGGGAGCAUCAACAUCAGCAUCAGCAUCAGGUUGUGGAGUGGAUGAUGGAUGUAGUGUGAUUUAAGACAAGAUUCUGUGUGCUCAAUGGCUGCCAGAGAAUUCAUCUCAAAAAAAAAUAAAAUUGAUGAGAUCCUCCGUGGAUGAAAAUAAUAAUAGUAUUAACAAUGGCGAUUGGUGUUAGAAUUUGGCUUGCGGACAUAUGAAUAAUGACUUAGUUUUUCUAUCAAUUCAAGCUUUUACAUGA